AUGGAGAAAACAUGUUACAUCCUUGAAAAAAAACAACUAACAAACAAAUGGGAGAACAUGAAAAAAGAGUGGAAGUUUUAUGAUCUCUUAAUGAGGCUUGAAACCGGACUCGGUGGGACGAGAAGCCUAGUAGAUGUGUCGCCUGAGUGGUGGGAGGAGAAAAUAAAGAAUAAAGGUUAUGCCAAAUUUAGGAACGUAGAUUUGAGCAUAUUUGAUGAGAAAUAUGCUACUUUGUUUUGGGAUUCUAUUGCCAUUGGAGAUCAGACUAUGACUCCAUUACAAUUUCAAAACAAUAGCAAUCCAAACGAAGAAAAUAUGGAGGGUAAAGGAGAUAGUGAUGAAAUCAAUUUAGAUGAUGAUGAGCCUCUUUUUCCUUGUCUCCAUGAAAGUAGUUCAAGUAAAAGGAAUAGGUCUAAGUUUGUUUCCAACAACCGUCCAACCAAGAGUAAAAGUUCAAUUUAUAAAGAAAAAAUUGAUGCUUUAUUGGAUGCCAUAUCAUCAAAAAGCACACAAACUUAUCCACAAAAUAAUCCUUCCACAACAAUAUCAGAUUGCAUGGCCAUUGUCAUCAAGUUUCCUGAUUUUCGUGAAGGGUCCAACGAAUUUUCACAAGCAUUGCUUGUCUUCACCAAAAAGCAAAAUCGUGAAGCUUUUAUGUUUCCAACGACCGACGAAUCCAAGAUGGAGUUUCUUAAGUUACUUAUGAAAUAA